AAUGGUUUGAUAUGAGUCAGAGUAAAUUGUAACCAAAUGACAUCAAAUCUUUCAUUUAGUCAAUUCGAUUUCAAUAAUUCAUCCAUGAAACAACACCACAAAGGAAAAAAGGUGACACAUAAUAAGAAUCAAAGGAAAUUUCCCAAAAUUAUAGUCAUUUUCCUUGUGGCUUCAGACCAGUUUCAAAAUUUUGACUUCUGUAUGAGACACAUAGUGAGGGCAAACAGGUAAUUACACACUAACUGUCUCCUCGUAGUAUUUUGUGUCGGAUACUAUCUGGUAUAUUCUUUCAGUUGGUUCAAUAGUCACACUAUUUAUAUGUAACAAAAAGUCUCCAUUUGUUACACUAACACUACAAGUUCCCAUCUUCACCACGAAGCAUUCUUAGCAUUCUACAGAGAGAAAAGUGACACUCUACAAUGGUUCCAAAGCUUAGUGGUGACGUGGAUGAUGGUGGAACUGGGCUUGAAACUAAGCCUAUCUGAACAAUACCCUCCUCUUCCUUCUUCUAUUAAGGUUGAAGUUCUUAGAUAAGAAGAAGAAGAGAGCAUAAGAUAGCCUUUUGAAGCUGAAAGCAAAUUUUGUGAAGUAGCAUAUAUACUUUCAAUUUGUUUAGUUCUUAUGGGUGGAGUUCCUUCAUUUGGUGUUUGUAGUCAUGGAGGUUUCUUGGUUCUAUACCUUUUGCAGCUUUUUAUGGAUCCAACCAUCCCAAAUGUGCCAAUGGUUAGAGGAAGCACUCAGUAGUCAUAUUGUUGCAGGUUCAAAAGAAAUGAUAUGAUAACAGAAGCUCAUCUCCUUUGUUACCAGAUUGACCUGAUAGAGUGUUAGACUUAUUUGUAGAGGCAGAUCUCCUUUGGAAGUGUAACCCUCAAUAUUGGAAAAUGAAGCUUCAUCUAUUUCAGAUAUCUAUUUAUGAUUGAAGAUUCAGCUGUACUGGGCAAAUCUUCUUUGGCAAAAGUUACUUAAUUUUCCUUUGGUUGGAUACUUGGAUUCCAAGUAGUAAAAAUAUAUCAACAUUAUUUUUUGCCUUCUUAAAAUAUUACCAUUCAGAGAUAAUUUCUCUAGGAACUCCACCCUUUCUUGGGGGGCAAAUCUCCUUUGGCAUCUUUUGCUUAUCUUGGUCUGUUUCCUCCAAUAGCCAGAAUUUUUUUCUUUCUGUAAACCACCAAAAAAAAAAAAAAGAAUUCGUCUGAUAGUUGUUGGUACUUGACAUUUUGUUGUUUUAAACCUCUCCCAAAGGUUUCUUUCUGUGAAAUUCCAAUUCAAGUUGGGCAUAUCUCCUUUGGCAUUUUGGAGUCCUUGAUUGAUUCCUAUAACCUAUUGGGCAAAAACAGACCAAGAUUUGAGUCCUAUUAUCCUGGGAAAAUCUUCUUUGGCAUCAGAUCUCCAGUUUCAUUUGGAGAUACUAUCCGUGACAAAAAGCAGUAUCAAUCAGAAAAAUAUUCUGUAUUACCCACCGUUAUCCAUUGAAAUCAAUAUUGGCAUAACUUUUGUGAUCACUAUAUACACAUUGGGGUUUGAUUCUUCAAUUUGCUUGACAAGGAUACCAUUGAGGGUGCAGAAUAAUUCUGAUUCUAUAUAUUCCAAAAUCUGGCAUAUAAUUGAUGGAUCUUAUCAUCAGUGAUUCAGACUGGGAAACUUCCAGUGGCAGCAACAGCAGUGAGGAUCAAGAUGAAAUUGAUUUUCUAUACGGCGGAAAAGCUCAGAGCAUAUUAUCAAGUUUAGAGGAAAGCAUCGGAAGGAUCGAUGAUUUUCUUUCAUUUGAGAGAGCAUUUGUCCAUGGAGAUGUGGUCUGCUCCUUGUCAGACCCAUCUGGACAAAUGGGGAGGGUUACAAGUAUGGAUUUGUUUGUGGAUUUGGAAAGUGUUAAAGGAAAAGUAUUAAAAAAUUUGAACUCUAAGAAACUUUUGAGGAUUCGUUCCAUUGCAGAAGGUGAUUAUGUAAUUAAGGGGCCAUGGCUUGGUCGAGUUCAAAGGGUGGUGGACAAAGUGGCUGUAUUGUUUGAUGAUGGAGCUAAAUGUGAUAUCACUGCCUUGGAAAGAGAGAAGCUUUUACCACUGACUGGUAAUUUUCCUGAAGAUUCGCAGUUUCCGUACUAUCCAGGGCAGAGAGUAAAGGUUAAGUCCUCCAGUGCUUCUAAAUCAACUAGAUGGCUAUGUGACACUUGGAGAGACAAUCAUGAUGAAGGAACUGUUUGUGCUGUGGAAGCAGGCUUGGUGUAUGUUAAUUGGAUUUCUCAUGUUCUAGUGGGUUGCGAUUUUAGUGUGAGUGCUCCCAAAUGCUGGCAAGAUUCUAAAACCUUGACUGUGUUAUCUUGUUUUUCACAUGCAAACUGGCAGCUUGGUGAUUGGUGCAUGCUCUCGGUUGCGGACCAAAAGGAACAGAUUACUCAACACGCACCUAUAGGUGAUCUUACUAUGGAGCAUUGUGUGUCAAGAGGGUGUAAGGGAAGUAACCUUAACUCUUACAGUGGUGAGUUGUUUAUAAUUGGGAAGAUAAAGACCAAAGUUGAUGUUGUGUGGCAAAAUGGUGAAUACACUUUGGGAUUGGAUCCAGAGAAUUUACUUCCAGUGAAUGUUAUAAACAAUCAUGAAUUUUGGCCUCAUCAGUUUGUGCUGGAAAAAGGUGCUUCUGAUGAUCCUCUUAAAACUAGCAGUCAAAGAUGGGGUGUUGUCCAAUGUGUGGAUGCAAAGGAGUGUACUGUAAAGGUACAAUGGAAAACUAUUUCCAUAUCUGACCCGGAUAAUUUGACUGGAGACAAAUUGGAGGAAACUGUGAGUGCCUAUGAACUUGUAGAGCACCCAGAUUACUCCUGCUUUUUUGGUGAUAUUAUGUUUAAGGCGGCUCAAAAACAGCUUGGUAACCAAGCUGAGAAAGAACAAGUAAAAUCAGUGACCGACUUUAAUGCAGAGGCUGUUCCUAAAAAUGGGAACCAAAUGAGUUAUCAGGAUGAGUUCCCUGAUAAUUAUUUCAUGUCCUGCAUUGGCAGUGUUACUGGUUUCAAAGAUGGUGAUGUGGAGGUGACAUGGGCAACUGGUUUCACAACCAAGGUUGCACCUUAUGAAAUUUUCCGGAUUGAGAAACAUGAAGGUUCAACUGUAACCCCCACUCCUUUUGAGACAAAUGUUGAAGAGUUCACUCAUGAGAUAAUCGAACACAGGAGUCUACCUUCUGACCAGAAGGGAAAGGACUUGUUAAAUGGUGAUGGUACUAGAGAGAAUUGUGAAAAGAAUCUUGGGGAAUGUAGUUCCUUUUCCCUUCCUCGAGCAGCCUUUGAACUUUUCUCCAGCAUUAAAGCCAGCAUAUUCCAAACUUUUAGAGGAACUCUAAUUUCAGGAGCAGUUUCCUCAGUACCUACAUUUGAAAAGAAGAAUGGAUAUGAUUGUCUAGAUAAGAAAGAUUUGGAAACUUCUGACCUCUUUACUGAACAACUUCCAAUGGCUGAGUUGCAAUAUACUGAGGACAAGACUUCAUAUCCUGAAAAUAUUGAGAUUCAUGAGAAGAAUGAUUUUCCAUUUUCUUUAGACAGCAACAGUUCAAACCAGUUCAAGCAGUUUGAUGUAAUAGAAAAUUGCCCUGACCACCAUUUUUUUGUUGAGGGAAAAGGGUUGUCAACAUCGCAGGUAAAAAGAAGUUGGGUGAAAAAGGUUCAGCAAGAAUGGAGCAUCCUCGAGAAAAAUCUUCCAGAAACUAUUUAUGUUCGUGUGUUUGAAGAAAGAAUGGAUCUCAUGCGAGCAGCUAUUGUUGGUGCAUCUGGAACUCCUUAUCAUGAUGGGCUGUUUUUCUUUGACAUAUGCUUCCCUCCGGAGUAUCCCAAUGAACCACCUAUGGUGCACUACAAUUCUGCAGGGCUCCGGUUAAAUCCUAAUCUGUACGAGUCAGGAAAAAUCUGUCUGAGUCUCCUAAACACUUGGACAGGCACAGACACUGAAGUGUGGAACCCUGGAGCCUCCACUAUUCUUCAAGUCCUUCUCUCUCUACAGGCACUUGUCCUUAAUGAGAAGCCUUAUUUCAAUGAGGCUGGAUAUGACCAACAAAUUGGCAGAGCUGAGGGAGAGAAAAACUCAGUCAGUUACAAUGAAAAUGCUUUCCUUGUCACAACCAAAUCCAUGAUGUAUCUAUUAAGAAAGCCACCAAAGCAUUUUGAAGCACUGGUGGAAGAGCACUUUAGAAAAUGCUCCCAACAUAUACUUCUUGCUUGCAAGGCUUAUCUUGAAGGAGCUUCUAUUGGAUGUGCUUUUGGUAGUGGAAAAACUGGACAUGAAAACCAGAAGGGGACUUCAACAGGAUUUAAAAUUAUGCUUGCUAAGCUCUUCCCCAAGCUUGUAGAGGCAUUUUCUGAUAAGGGAAUUGAUUGCAGUCAGUUUGUUGAUCUACAAAAAGAACCUUUACUUACUAAGUUGUAAGUAUCUGCCAAAAAUCCCGACCGAGAUAUCCCAAUCUUAUGUGUAAUAUCAAUAUAUUUACAUUCUCAGUAUAAUAUCAAUUUUAAUCUCUGGGUUUUGUACUUUUGUGGUUUGUUACUGUGGUGUAGUUGAUAGAUAAAUCAACAUAACAUGUGCUUGUAGUAUGUGUAUGUAUCACAGCAUGGUUUGUGGAUGUAAAAUAUGGAAUAAGAAAUGCAGCCAUUGGAGUGAUUU